CAUGAUACAGAGGAUUCAAACUAAGGAAAAGAAAUGGUUUAAAAACACCUAUAUCAAUAUUAUUGAUAAAUCAUUACAAAAAGUUACUAAAGUUGGAAUUGACAGAAUAUAUAAACCUCAAAAUUUAAAUUUUACAAAUGAUAAAAAUCAAGUGAUCAUUCUUGUUCUAAGUAGAGAUUACAAUUUAAAAUCCGAUUUAAGUUUCCCCUGUCUUAGACAGAAUCAUUUACAAAAGUCACAAUUGGAAAAUUGUUAUAUUCAGUGUGAAACUAAAAAACCAAACCUUUACUAUAAAGGAUUAAUGCUUCCCAUAAAAUUCUUGGACAACGGACUUGUAUUUACAAUGGCUAAAGUAAAAGUACCAAUCUCUAGAGGUCCUAUUUUAUGUCUACAUAACAAACAAUGGAUAUUUUAUGGAAUUUUUACAUUAAAACCCGUUAAUUUUGCUAAUUACUAUGCUGCAAAUAUACCAAUGCAAUAUGAAUGGAUUAUGAAUUUCAUCAAGAGAGAUUCAAUUCUUAAUUAG